ACAACCACUGAUGUGUAAUUAAAAGUAGUGUCCAGUAUUCUAAUAUAAAUGUAGCCAGCACUAAGGAAGGGGUGAGAUAUAUCACAAAGGUGCAAGGGUACACAGUACUGUACUGAAUAUAACAGAGGCGCUACUUUCUCUCAUGGAUACUGUGUUGAAGUAUAUUUCUCUGUUCCUACUGCAACUUCUUUUAUGCAGAUGCUCAGCAAGCAGUUUAUUUUUGCAGAAGGACUCUGCUGAUCAAGUGUUGGCUCGAGUAAGAAGGGCAAAUGCUGGCGUAGAGGAAUUUUAUCAGGGUAAUCUGGAGAGAGAAUGUUUUGAAGAGAUAUGCGGCAAAGAAGAAGCCCGGGAGUAUUUUGAAGAUAAUGGAAAGACGGAGGCAUUCUGGAAGAACUAUACAGAUGUGGAUGAAUGUAAAUCAUCCCCUUGCCUCCACAACGGGACCUGUCAGAACACCCCUGGCAGCUUUGCCUGUCAGUGUACCGGGGGAUAUGAAGGCCAGUACUGUGAUGCAGAUAUUGACGAAUGCACCAAAUUCUCACCAUGCCCUGAUGGAUUUCAAUGUGUGGAUGGGUUGAACAGCUUCACAUGUGUAUGCCCAGAUGAAGGAUGUCUGACAAGGUUAAAGAAGAUAGUUACAUAAUACGUUCGACCAGUGACUCACAACACAUGAAUGAGAAUGGCAGUUUCUUUUAGAAACACGACUAUGACUAUACAGCAAUGUGGUAUAACACAGCCUUUGAGACUUUCAGCAGUCAUUAACUAAGUACUGAUUUCCAAAGAAAGAAGUGUAACAAUGAAUACUAAAAUUAGCAUCUCUCUCUCUGUCAACAGAAUGUGUCCUAGAUACUUUUUGUUGAUUUGUAAAUUGCCAGAGAUAAAAUGAGAUGUCUAGUCUUGCAUAAUUAUUGAUUCUGCUGUUUUAUUUCUGCUUUUUUUACCAUUUUUUUCUAAACAGAUAUUAAAAUGGUUUGCAUGGAA